AUGUGGCUCGCGCGGACCGUCUUCGCUCUGGCACUUCUUUGCGCACCCGUUUCCAGUCUCUGCAUACCAACGUACGACCCCGAGUCCAACUUUCUCUGCAACGAGAGGCUCUCCGAUAGUGGCCAGCCCACAAACUCACUGCUGGACAUUUUAAACCUCCUAUAUAAGUCCUCUGAGGAACCGCGCGAGAGGAGAACGGUACCCGCGUCCAAAUACAGAUACCUGAGCCAGACGCAGCUGAGGAGUAAACUGUACCGCAACAGCGCGAAGAGCGAUCGACGCAGUCAGGUCACCCUGUCCCUCGAUGUCCCCACCAAUAUCAUGAACAUCCUCUUUGACAUCGCAAAAGCCAAAAACCUGCGCGCGAAGGCGGACGACAACGCGCGCCUCUUGGCGCAGAUCGGGAAGAGAAAAUGA